CCAUCUAAUAUGGCCAGCGAGACUUCGCCCGCUCCCUCAGAACAUCUUACAGAAGCCCAAUUCGAAACCACAGAUUCGCUAGAGGAGUUGACUGAAAUCGAAAAUGCGGAUUCACGAGAGCGGUUGACCGAAGCUGAGAUAAUAGCCUCUACUUAUUUAUAUCGCAACGAAUCAAUUAAAAUCCUCGCACUAAAUAUACUAAAACAAUCCGACGAAAUCAAGUUCAAUGAUAUCACAAUUCCUGAACAGAAACCCUGUAUACGCUGUAAAGGCAAAAUUCUUUCGACACCCCCUACACCGAUUACUAUUUUAACCUGCGGGCAUGUGGUCCAUCGAACAUGUGUUGAGAAAUUUCUUGUAAAUAAACCGGACCCAAUUUGCCCUGAUUGCGGUAAUUUUUUUACUGGCUCAGAACCGCAAUUUUUACUUCAAGCAAACGAGAUUAAUAUGGCUAAAAUGGAAGUCAGGCCCAGCAAAAAACCUCGUGAAGAUGAGAAAGAAGAGAAAGAAUCCGGU